GUGCCGUAACAGGCAGCAUGUCCUACCAGGUCCUUGUUGUUGUUUGUAGGUGAUAUUGCUGUUAGAACGAGUACGACAGAUUUAGACUGAACUGUAGAGGCAUUACAGUAACCCGCGUCGUUAUUCAACUGGGAAAAAAGACGACGCCCUUCGUAGCCCCUCUGUGGUCGCAUGGAUUUCUACUUUUAACGUUAGCUGAGGCCUAGCCGUUAGCUAACGUGACAUUUCACCGAGGUGUGCUGGGAAACUUCUCAGGUGACACAGCCUUUCUACUGGUAAGUGUCCACUGGAAGAAUAAGCUCCACCAUCACAAUGACAGCUCAGGAAGGAGAGGGAUGGGGAGGCACUAAUCUGUCGCCUCACCUGCACACGGAUGAGUGCAAUGAACUAAUAACUCAACUAAGGCAGUGCCACAAAGAGCACAAUGUCCUGAAGUUCUUUGGCACGUGUAAUGAUGUGGACCGUGCUAUGCGUCAGUGCCUGAAGAAAGAGAGGCUGGAAAAGCGGGAGCGGAGCAAGCAGCAUGCACAAGAGAUGAAGAAGAGGCUGAAAGAAAGGCCCAAGGAGCAUGUCUGAAGGACAUUUUACUUCAACUUUACCACUGGCACUGGAAGUAUUCAGAUAUUGGGACAUUGGAUAAAGCAUGACACUGAGUAACAUGCCUCUCCUGCUGUUUUUGUGUAAGGACAGAGGAAGGGUUCUAACUCUGUCUCAUUGUAAAUUCAGAGGAGUGUGGGUUAUAUCUGCAAUGAUAGGUCCAAGUAUAAUUCAGUAAUAUACAUCCGCUGGGUUAAAAAGUUAUUACUGGAUAUUAUUGCUAUUAUUAUUUUGAUAUGCGUUGGGAGAAACACGAGUAAGAAGAAAGCUUAUUUAAAUGUUGCAUGAGAGAGCCUACACCAGCAAUGAUAAACCUGGUUAAGAUGUACAGCUUAGUUUUAUCUUUACUAUGUAAUGAACCCUCCUAACUAAAACUUUCUGUGUUAUCAGAUCAUUAUGGGUCAACACUAAAACAACAACAACAUCUAGUACUCUGGAUUAAAACUUGCUGUCAGGGAUCCUCAUUUAUUUCCCCAGUAUUAGCAGUACUCUACCACUCCAUCAGAGAGAUUAGUGCAGCCAGUGGCAGAAUGAUGUCAUCCAACCAUUAUUUUAGUUAGUAGGACAUCUCAGGAAUAUUCUGGUACAUGAAAACAGGGAGAGUCCAUUUCAGGGUAUAAAAGAUGCAUGUACACAUUUGAACCAGUGGCAGGGGCACUCUCAAUGCCAUUACAUAUACAUACUGACCAUAUUCAUUGCUGUUUGAAAGGUUACUUGAAAGGGGAAUCAUACUGAUUCAUGAGAAGUUUAAUUCCUUUCAAAUAAAGUUAAAUGAUCAGUUCA